AUUUUUGAGUUUUUUUUUUUUUUAAAGAAAAGAAAAUGGGUGUAUCAGGAACAUUAGAAUACAUUUCAGAGAUGAUGAGCAGCAGCCACAAACACAAAAAGAAGAAGAAGCAAUUCCAAACUGUAAACCUCAAGGUCAGAAUGGACUGCGAUGGCUGUGAGCUCAAAGUCAAGAACGCCUUAUCUUCUCUCUCUGGAGUGAAGUCUGUGGAGAUAAACAGGAAGCAGCAGAAGGUGACGGUGACGGGGUACGUGGAGCAAGCCAAGGUGCUCAAGAAGGCCAAGGCAACGGGGAAGAAGGCCGAGAUUUGGCCCUAUGUUCCGUACAAUCUGGUUUCCCAGCCCUACGCGCCGCAGGCCUAUGACAAGAAGGCUCCACCGGGCUUCGUUAGGAAAGUCGAAAACCCGGUCGCCUCCGUCAAGUAUGAUGAUCCCUACAUUGCUAUGUUUAGCGAUGACAAUCCAAAUGCAUGCUCCCUAAUGUAGUUAUGGAAAUUCUCAUAUUAAUUUUGUUUCAAGAAAUGUAUUUGGUGGUUGUAGUACUAAAUAAUUUGAUCGAUAUAUAUGAUUUUUGUUCUAAUUAAAUUGUGUAGGUCUUGUGGUGAUUUUGAUGAUUUUUGGACAUGUACGUAUUUUUUAUCAAGAAGAGGAAUGUUUGUCAUCAAUUAAUGAAGUUUUUAAUUUAUGGUACA